UAGGAAACAUGGAAGUGGAGGAAUUAGAUAGGCUUGCCCAAUUGACUCACAAAAUCACAAUCCUCUCCUUAUAUAUACCUCUUGUUUGAGCCAUCCCAAUACUAAGUAAUAAGCAACACCAAUUUGAGUUGUUCAUUAAAAUUGUUGUCUUAAAGAAAAGCACAUCAAGAACUACACGUACUCAUCAUCAUCUAUUAUCGUACGACCAGUGUAUCAUCUAUUAUCGUAUGAUCAGUGUAUCCCGCCUACAGAAAACAACUACACAUACUCAAAUCAUUUAUAUACAAGUACAUAGUUGAUAUGGGUCUAAAGAGUUUAAAUAGACAAACCCAACUCAAACAAAUCAUGAAGAGAUGUUCUAGCUUUGGAAAGAACAACCAUGAAGUUUGUGAAGAUGUCCCUAAAGGCCAUUUCGUAGUUUACGUGGGACCCAAUCGAAGCAGGUAUAUUGUCCCUAUUUCAUGGUUGGCUAAUUUUGAGUUUCAAUCUCUUCUUCAACAGGCUGAAGAAGAGUAUGGUUUCAAACAUAAUAUGGGCAUCACUAUUCCUUGUGAUGAACUUGUUUUCCUUUCGGUUGUAUCGUCGUUAGCCUGAUUCAUAUAAAUAAUAUCAGUGCCUUAAUCACAAAAGAUUUAUGGUGUCUGUCAUCUAGGUUAUCUUACACUACAUCUUGGUAGUAGUGAUUGUAAAAAAAAUUUACCUUUAAUGUAAAGGAUUAAUAUAUA